UGUGCUCCGCUUCGUACCAGCUUCCACACCCGGGGGUAAGAAACUGCCUGCCCGGAUCAAACGGAAACGCUGAUAACUCGCCUCGACGGGGAAGGGUGGCCGAUGCCAGAGGUCUUUCCACCAUCGCCGACGAUUUGUUAUCUAGGGUUUUCUUUGCAGAUUGCUUAUUGGAGCCCCGACAUCGGUGGCUGCUGUCGGAACCCCGAUCAGUGGUCAGCCGGGCUGUUUUCACAUAUUAAUCGAGAAUUUUCGCUGCCUUGAUGUUACUUCUGGAGGAGGAGAAGCUACGGAUGCGUCUUUUUGUUAUACUAUCUCCUGAUAGUGUUUUGUGAUUGAUUCCUGCAUCGGCAGUGGAAUGGCCGACGCGAUGUCCAUACUUCCGGCAUCUGUUUUAAGGAAUCUUGCUGAUAAGCUAUACGAGAAGCGCAAGAAUGCAGCACUUGAGGUCGAAGGCAUCGUAAAGCAACUUGCUCAGGCGGGAGAGCAUGAAAAGAUAGAGGCUGUACUUAACCUGCUAGUCCUCGAAUAUACGUAUUCUCCGCAGGCCAACCAUAGGAAGGGGGGUUUACUGGGGUUAGCUGCAGCUACGGUAGGUCUGUCUUCAGAAGCUUCUCGGCAUCUGGAGCAAAUUGGACCACCAGUGAUCAAUUCUUUUCUUGACCAUGACAAUAGUGUUCGAUUUUAUGCUUGUGAAGCAUUAUACAACAUAGCAAAGGUGGUUAGAGGAGAUUUUAUUGUAUAUUUCAAUCAGAUUUUUGAUGCACUUUGUAAGCUCUCAGCAGACUCAGACGCCAAUGUACAAAGUGCUGCUCAUCUUCUAGAUCGGCUCAUAAAGGAUAUUGUAACUGAAAGUUAUCAAUUCAGCAUAGAAGAAUUUAUACCUUUGUUACGGGAACGCUUGAAUGUGAUAAACCCUUAUGUUCGACAAUUUUUGGUGAGUUGGAUCACUGUAUUGGAUAAUUUUCCAGAGAUUGACUUGCUUAGAUUCCUUCCAGAUUUUCUUGAUGGUUUGUUCAAUAUGCUAAGUGAUUCUAGCCAUGAAAUACGGCAGCAAGCUGACUCUCUACUUUCAGGAUUUCUACAAGAAAUGAAGAACCCUAAGAAUGUAGAUUUUGGUCGUGUGGCUGAAAUUUUGGUUAAAAGGGCAACUUCUUCUGAUGAAUUUACCCGGCAAACCUCUAUCACAUGGAUAAAUGAGUUUUUAAAAUUUGGUGGAGACCAGCUUGUUCCAUAUUAUGCUGAUAUUCUUGGAGCAAUUUUACCCUGCAUAUCUGACAAAGAAGAAAAGAUAAGAGUUGUAAGCUCUCUUUAAUAUUAUUUGCUU